AUGGAUGCUAAGAAGUCGUUAGUGACUGUAUUGAGCAACAUCGUCGUAUUGCUUCUCGCCGGUGGCGCCACGGUGGUUCAAGCCUGUCUACCCUCCGAUCGAGCGGCGCUUCUAGAGUUCCGAUCAAAGCUCAAUGAACCCUACAUCGGCGUUUUCAUCACGUGGAGAGGCCAGGACUGCUGCAGAGGCUGGUACGGUGUGAGCUGCGAUCCCAAUACCCACCGAGUCUCCGGCAUUACCCUCCGCGGAGAAUCCGAGGACCCGAUUUUCCAGCGGGCGAAACGGAGCGGACUCAUGACCGGCUCCAUCUCUCCGGCGAUCUGUAAGCUAACUCACCUCUCCAACAUCAUCAUCGCCGACUGGAAGGGAGUCUCCGGUGUGAUUCCCAGCUGCAUCUCCAAUCUCCUUUUCCUGAGACACAUAGAUCUCGUCGGGAAUCGAAUCUCCGGCGUUGUUCCAGCGGAUAUCGGGAAGUUGCAGUAUCUGAAAGUGCUGAAUCUCGCCGAUAAUCAGUUAUCCGGCGGGAUUCCUUGGUCGAUCACGAGAUUAACGAGUUUAUCGCAUCUGGAUCUCAGGAAUAACUACGUCACCGGAGCCAUUCCGCGAGAUAUUGGCCGGUUAAAGAUGCUGAGUCGUGUGCUUCUAAGCGGUAACAAAAUCUCCGGUCAAAUACCCGAAUCCUUGACCCGAAUCUACCGUCUCGUGGAUCUGGAUCUCGCGAUGAACCGAAUCGCCGGUCCAAUCCCGGCUUCUCUCGGCGGAAUGUCGGUGCUCGCGACGCUCAAUCUCGACGGGAACUUGAUCUCCGGCGAGAUUCCGGAGACUCUGUUGCGUUCGUCGAUCUCGAACUUGAAUCUGAGCGGGAACCUGAUCGCCGGGCGGAUACCGAACACGUUCGGACCGAGAUCGUACUUCACGGUGCUGGAUCUUUCGAGAAACCGUCUCCAGGGACCGAUCCCGGCGAGUAUAACGGCGUCGUCGUUUAUCGGCCACCUCGACGUGAGCCAUAACCAUCUGUGUGGGAAGAUCCCGACGGGAUCUCCUUUCGAUCAUCUUGAAGCGACGUCGUUCGCUUACAAUGACUGCCUCUGUGGAAAGCCACUCAGGAAUUGCGGGAAAUAA